AUGCGCGAGAGGAAGUAUAGAGGUACUUGCGAAGAUCAAAAAGUUGAGCUUCUCCUCUGCUUGCUGAAGAGUGAUUGUUGUCAAAAGUUAAGGAAAACUCCCCGGGAUUGCUUGAAUGAAGACAAUUUCCCUAAGGAGUGCACAAUCGCCAGGCACAAUUUUGACCGUUGUCGAGCUGAAAUUCUUGAUAAACGCACUCGUCUUCGAGGAAAGCGAUUUGAGAGUGAUUGA